CAUAGCGAGCCUUAUAAAAUGCCGUAACGUUAGCAAUGCAAUCAACAUUGUCCCCAGUCAGGAAGCGGUUCGUCAUGGCCACGCCACGUAUGGACCCCAGCAUUCUCGAGAUCGCCGACAUCAUCAGAUACCCUGCCGCAGAAGAGGCCUUUCUUCGUGAAUUUGGACUGGUGCCGACGCCAUCUGCUCGACCCCAGGCAACCGGAACACUACAAGGGCGGCCAUCGGCUUGCGAGUACUGGGGGAUAUGCAAGGACCUCGGCUUUAAUCCAGGCGAGCCAGGAUGCGACGGAGAAGUCGUCACUUACAAUCGCCGAUGCAAGAAAGGGAUCAGGCCGAGCUUCAAGUGCAAUCGGUGCAAAAAGCAGCUGUCUCAGCUCCGCGGGACGGACGCCCUGCACGGCGCCGCAACAACCACGGUGGUGUGUCAGACAAGGGCCCGUGGAUUUUCGGCAUGCUGUGCGUGUCCACGAAGGAGCCAAGGCUGUUCGAGGUCGACAAAAGAGACGCGGCCACCCUUGGUCCUCUGAUCGCAAAGAACGCUCUUCCCGGCACGACGGUGUUCAGUGACGAGUGGGCCGCAUACCGGUGCAUACCCGGCCUCGUGAAUGCCAAUGGGACGCCGCUAAACCUCGACUGGCACACCGUGAACCACAGCGUCAACUUCAUCGACCCUGCAACAGGCGCCAACACGCAACACAUCGAAAGCGAGUGGCAGAAAGCAAAACGACGACUUGUUCGCAACGGCAACAAAACGACUCCCGCUCUGAUGCGUUCUCACCUCGCCUGGCUGUGGUGGAGGUCCGUGAACGCACGUCCCAACGUGAAGGACAAGUUCCUUCGGCUCAUCGAGGCCAUCGCACGCCGCUGGACUGUCCGCGAAGUGCAAGCACAUUUCGGCUGGCUUGAUCCACUGUUACAGGUGGAGACAGACUCGCCGAAGUCGUCUCUGGAGCGCCGCGAGCGGACGUCACUGCCCGUCGUGCUGGUGCUUUUCGCGGCUUCGACGUUCAUUGACGUCAACAAGAUGGUUUGCAGCUACUCGCUGCGCUACUAUAACCACGGUUCGUACCCGAUGAACCAGUCGCUGAUGGUGGCGCUGACCGAGGUCUUCAAGUGCGUUCUCGUGACCGCUGUACGCAUGGUCACGAGCGGUUCUCUGCGCAUGCGUCCCUCGUCCAAGUUCCUGGUUCCCUCACUCAUCUACAUGCUCACGAACAACAUAUUCUUUAUCGCGCUGCACUACGUCACGCCCGCCGUGUGGAUCGUGCUGGCCCAGUGCAGGAUUUUCUUCACGCUGUUCGCAUACAAUGCUUGUUGGUCUUGCAAGGCUCACUUUCAACUAUGCGCAGACCAGCUGACCGGCAGCGUGCCAUUCUUCCUGGUCGCCACCAUAGUGUUCAGCGCCGCCUAUGGUCUCUGCGCGACGCUUGUCGUGGCGCGGCUCGACAACGUGGUCAAGUACCAUCUGUCGGCCACCUCCAGCCUGCUCAACAUGUUCGCUUUGGCUGCCCUGUUCCCGGACCAGUUCCGCAUCACGCUGGCCUACGUCGUCUUGCUGUUUUUGCUCAUGGUGGCCAUCUAUCUUUACGAGAAGAUGUUCGUGCUGCCUCACAGCUUGGACGUCUGA